AUGAGCCAAUUGUAUAAAAGAAAAUGUUUAAUUUUUAUUUUUGUUUUUGGAAUUGGUGGAUUUGGUAAAGCUUGGAAGGUAGAAUACAAAAAAUAAUGGUUAUAUAUAUGCAAUGAAAGAAAUGUCAAAAGCACUUUAUGUUAAUUGAUUUAGUUUAGAUUUAUUGAAAAAAUAGUGUUAACUCAGUUAUGA